CGGGAGGCGGGAAAUGCAGCUGCGAGGGGUUAGAAGCCAAACGUGAUUUAAGCAAACCUAAUUUAGCAAGCCAGCACUUGGUGGAAGGGUUGAAGGGUUGCACAAACAGCUCUUGGCUCGUGUGCCGUGCCUGGGGAAUAUCCAGGCCUCGUCCAAAUAUUACUGAUAUGUAUAAUUUUAUUUUUUUUUUUUAAGAUACAGUUUGGAAGCACAAACACUGUUGUGUAAUUUCCUGCAGGGGGGGGAAAAACCCUUUCCCAGUUCUUCCUGCCCUUGACCCACCAACUUCCAGCUCCAGCAUGGAGCACCCCCUCUGCUGUGCUGCACCCGGGACCUCCCAGCUUGCAUCUCUUCCCUUAUUUCCUCAGCAAUCCAAUCAUUAGGGGUUGAUUUUCCUGCCUCUAUAAUUACCACCUAUUCAUUUGUUUCUCAGUUUUGUGUUUGAGUGCCCCAGCGUGGCAGCAGCCAGGACUCUGAUCCCUGGGGUGGUGCCCACUCGUUCCAUGUGCACCCUGGGAGCUGGGACCUGGAGCAGGCAGGUGGUGGAUGCAGUGACAGCCUGGGAGGGCCAAAAUCAGCCUCCUGGGAUGGCCAAAAUCAGCCUCCUGGGCUGAGCUGCCAAACAGGAACUCCCAUGUCUUGGCUUCACCAUCACCAGCAUCCCUUGGCAUCACCAGGGUGGCACCGUGGCACGCCCAAAAGCAAAGGGAUAGUUGCUUUUUCCCUGCCUGCACGUGUAGGGCUGCUGUUCCACCUUCCCACUGGAAUAUUGCUGGUGCCUCCAAAGUGCAGGAGGGCUGGAUGUCACCUGCUGUUUUAUGGUGUCUGCACCCAGGGCCGUUCCCUCCCUCAGCACAGCUUUGGUGGAGCUGCAUGACGGAUGUUGUGGAGCUCCAGGGAAAGGUUUCCAAACCGGAUCUUUGUCCAUAAAUGAUAAACUCAGCAGAUUUUCCCUUGUUAAGGGUGGGUGGAGGCUGAAGGUUGGUCUGAAUUUGCCCCAGGCCACAAGUGGGGCUGUUGGAUCCUCUGCCACAUCCCAGCCACCGUGUUUAUCUGAGCUUUGUGCCUCGCUGGGGAUUGGUUGGAUCGCUGCCAAAUCCAAAGGGCGCCUGGCACGGAGGGCUGGGCUUUGGAAAAAGGGGCCGGUGGGAAUCACACACAGCAGAGCCAGGCGGCCUCGAAAUGGCCAGGACAGAGCCAGGGCGGGGGAGGAUGUUGGAGAAAAUGAAUAUUUAAUCACCAGCCCCCCGUCCUAAGUUACCUCCCAGCCUGCAAUUCCCUGGCCAGAGCCUGGGAGCGAUGCCAGGGGGCGGGAGGUGGGUGAAUGCCGCUCCUGUGGAAGCGUGGGAAAGGAUUGGCAGCUCUACUCAUGUGUGUCUCCUUUUGUCUUCCAGCAGAGCCGAGGCCCUCUCUUCAGAUGAAAAAGAGGUGACAUCCAGUGGCACAGAGGGAGAGGGCUCCACCGAGGAGCACCUGGCAGGAGAGGCCAGUUCGGAAAGCAGCUCCAGCAGCAGCUCAGAGGAGGAGUCAGAUGAAGAACAGGAGGAGAAGGAAUCUCCACCGAGCUGCAAUGAAUCAGGAGAGAACUGCCUGCCACCCUGUGAGCAUUGCAGAAAUGAAAAUGACCAGAAGGAGGAAGUGACCCCAAGGAGACUUGCUGGAGGACAGUUUGUGCUGCAGCUGGACGCAGAGGGGACCUACCAGUGCAGCCUCACGGGCUUGAUCUUCGAGGUGACGGGCUGUGUGAAGAUCACCUACUCCCUGUUGUCCUGGAGCAAGUACGCCAGCCUGGUGGCAAAGCCGUGGAUCGUGGGCGGGCCCCUCUUCGACGUGCGCUGCGACUCGGCCCCUGCCCUCACCUCCAUCCAGUUCCCGCACUCCCUGUGCCUGGGGGAUCAUGGUGCCGGAAUGGCCUUCAAGGUGCUGCACGUCAAGGGCGAGGGCGCGGCCAUCGAGCCCUCGGCCGCCUACUCGGCCUCGCACGUGAGGUGGGUGGUGAGCUCCCUGUCGCCCGUGGGGCCCCUCAUCCAGAGCCAGGAGCCUGUGCAGUACCACGGGGCUGUCAUCCUCUACAAAGCCGUGGAUGAACAUCCCUCCCUGUCCUUCCGGGUCUACGUGGCCACAAACAACGACUCCUUCAUAAAGGACAUCUCAAAAGCUGUCAAACAUUCAAAUAAGAAAUUUGUUAAGAUUGACAAGCCCCCCGUGUGCCAAAAAUUACUGCAGAAUGGAAAGAGGUACAGAUUGGUUUGUGAGCCAGAAGCUGAAAUAACUCCUGAGGAAAUUGAAUUUGUUGAUGGAUCACUCCUGAAACUGAAGAGUUACAUUGAAGUGUAUGUGGAGAAACCUGAUGAGUUCACCUUGUCUCUGGUUGAGCUGGACUCUGAUGCAACUGUCUGGAAAGCAAAACUCCGAGAACGGGACUGGAUCCAUUAUGAUCAGAACAAAAAUGAGCAGAAGAGAAGCACAGGCAGUGUCAAAAAAAGGAAACCAGCCCUCAGCAUUUUGGAAGAAGGGGGACUUUGUAGCAAAAAGCAAAAGACUGGUGGCACUGCAGAUGGAAUUGGAACAAAAAUCCUGACGGACCAGCAGCUGAUGGCAGUCGCGAAGCAGUUGGGGCGGCAGUGGAAGGAAAUCGCCAUCGAGUGCCUCGAGAUGGAGAUGAAGGACAUCGAGGAGAUCCAGGGCAUGGAGGACGAAGUCAACAUGCAAAAAUUCCUGGUGCUGAGGAAGUGGAGGGACAGGCAACAAAGCAAUGGCACUGCAGAAGCUCUGCAGAGGAGUCUGGGUGACAAAGGAUCCUAUGAGCUGGAGCUAAUGCUGCAAGGUUUCUCAGCUCAGUGCUGAGCUGGAAGGACCUGCAGUGGGAGCUGCCCCAUCCAACCAUUCCGCUCCUCUGGGAUCUCGCUGGGAUUCAGGAAGGAGGAUGCAAAGCAUCAUCACUCAGAGGAAAGGUUGGGCUGGAUCUUCUCAAGGAAUGUGAAUGAAAUUUUGGAUAUAAGCCACUUCCAAGACUUCCAGGAGCUGUGGAUCCCGAUAUCUCCGGGCUUCACCCGCAGGGAAUGCCACCACUGCCACCUCCUUUGAGCCUCUCCUAAAAGAUGGGAACACUGGAAGAAACCAGGUUGAAUUGUUCGCUCCAGGAUCACUACCUGGAAAAGAUUUUCAUUUACAUCAGGGAAAAACAGGGAGAAAAGUUACACAGGAACUUUCAUCCCCUCAAAAACCCCUACUGAAGUGCCCGAAGCGGGAGGUACAUUGGAUUUCUCAUGGAUGUCCAAAAUCAGGGAAGGAUAAUCCUAAACUUGCAGACAAAUUCCUUUGCAUAAUCACUGUGUAUAUAUAAUUCCUGUAUAUACUCCUGUACAUUCAGUCCUUGUUAAGCUGUGGUUCUCUUCUCUAAAAACCCCAAAGACUGAUUUCACAGAAGCACCACUAUGUACUCCAGGCAGCUUGGAAUUUUCCCUGGGAAUUUCUUUGCUACUCUUCUCUGUAUAGUUGUAUUUUUAUGAGACAGGUUUUUUUUUUUUACGUUGUAUAAUUUGUUUUUUAUAUGAGAAACUUUUUCUAUUUUUUACUUGAUUCGUUUUAACUCGAAUUAGGUGCUUAAACUACCAUGGGAGGAGCCAAAAUCCCUGGGAAGGCCCCCCACGUGCUACAGAAUUGGAAAAGAUUUGGGAAUAAUGUGAUUUGCAGAACGAGAGCGGUGACCUGAUCCGGGAUUGUCUGAUUUUUAAGGACGUGGGAUGCUUGGGAUCACCUUCCUCUGAGUGUGUUCAUGAAAGAAAAAAGCAAACUUAAAAAAAAAAAUAAGGAUUAAAGGGGAACCAUUGACACUAUUUACAUAUGAUUUUGGAUUUAUUUUUUAAUUUUAGCUGCUGGAUGAAGCGUUGUGAGGUCGUUGCCAUCUCUCCAAGCCUUGAUGCUUCUGCUGCUGCAGCAUCUCAUUCCACACCUUCCACUAGCCCAGGUUGCUCCAAGCCCCAUCCAACCCCAUCCAAGAUGGAAACAGGAUUUUAAAAUAUCCCAGUUACCUUUACAUGCCAGCAGUAUUCCAAGUAUUUUAAAAGUAUUCUUGUUGUAUCUCCAGGAACAACAGUCACUACGAUUUUUAAGCCAAUUUGAAUUUUAUUAGGCAAUAAAUAGAAUAAAUAAGGAAUAUAACAUAUCAUAAAUAAAUCAUGGAAUAGGAUAUCCUGAGUUGGAAGGGACCCACGAGGAAAUGGAUUAUUAUAAAUAGGUCUCAACUGGGGAAAAAUAAGCUGAAUAAAUAAAACAUGAUAAAUUAGA